CCUUGCGUAGAUUGCUCGAAUUAGAAUUGACAAUCGGUGUCCAUCAAAGGAUACUAGAGAAAGGAGUUCGUUGCAAGAGUUUCAUACCAUACUAAAAUGAUUCGUUUUAUGCUUGUAAUUCUCUUUCCCUAUGUAUUAACCAGUGCUAGGUUACUUUUAAGGCCGAUUGGAUUCGAGCUUCAGUCUUCUUCUUCGACUAAGGGUGGUUGCGGCUUUGGAGUUAAGAGAUACAACAUUGGGAAAUCRUGGAAUCCAAACAUCUACCCACUGGGAAUUCUCCGUUGUGUCUUGUGUACWUGCAUUAAGCAUCCAAGAAAAACAGGGAAUUAUGGGAAGGUCGUAUGUCGAAGCACCCGACACCGCUGUCCAAAGACAUCGUGUACGAAUCCUGAAUAUAGAAACAAUAAAUGCUGCCCUGUUUGUCCUCCAGAAUUUGUCGCCGUGCUUACUUCUCCCCAGUCUCUCUCAAGUAAAGGAAUUUCCCGCMAAAAUAAAGUGGCGCGUUUACACACAACGCUCCUGAAAUCCUCUCUUCGAAUAUCGAUCCAUUAUGAAGGGCAAGUAUCAAGUAUUGAUCAUAGAAAAGUUUGCUUACAAUGGAAAGAUAUGAGCAAUCAGCAAAUCCAAACGUUGCAAAAAAGACGCAUAAAUGCAGUUUUAAAGUUUAAAAAGAAAUCCAGUUCUCAAUUGAUCGGUCACGUGACACCCUAUSAUGGCUACUCACAAGAUGCGUUUGAAGCCAUCUUGCAGGCUAAGCAAGAUCACUAUUCCCAUAUGGCUAUACUAGCAUCAAUUACCUUAUCAAGAAACUCAAAGUACUUGCACGUCAACAUGCGACAUACUGACUUCACUCAUGCAGACAAUAAACCAAUUACGGCCACUGCCUACUUUAUUAAGUCACCUCCCAGCGGAAAAACACAACAUCUUAAAACUAUCAACGUAACAUCACUGCAAAGAAAUGGCGGGAAAAAGAARAUCACGUGGUCCUUACCGAGCGAGCAGCACCUAAAAUGGUUGGCAAGAGGAAUUGUCAACCUUACACUCCAGGUUACCGCCGGCGGAGAGCGGUUGGAACUGACCGGGAGGAUUGGWAUCAAGAACACGUGCAACACUAUGUAUGCCAUAUUAUCUGGGCGAGUGGCAUCAAGGCCUACGAUCACAGGAGCCAGCGGUUAUGUAUCGCUGGUCGUACAACCCAAUGGGCAAUUAAAUUACAAGAUUGCCGUUGUGGGUUUAAUGCAGCCGAUACUAGAAAUAACACUUGAAAUGAGCCGUAARCGUGUAGUCAAGAAACUUGCACGUCACGUGACAUCACGUGAUCCAUCACGUGCUCUGGUCCAUGGAAGCUGGCAAAGACCAUCCGUGGCCGAAAUAUGUGCAUUGUACAGCGGUAUCUUGAGUGUGAACGUACGUACUGGGUUAUAUCGUCGCGGCGAGCUGAAAGGCUUUACAAAACAAUUACCAUACGCCGGACAUCAGGCGCCAUUCACAGAUUUUCCACUUCUUCUUUCUGGCAAUGAUGUCGUUCCCAGCACUCGGACAGGAUCGUCCGGAUUGUCCUGGUUGUCGCUUGAUCGCCAUUGCUCUCUGCACUACCACAUUAUUCUAAAGGGACUCGAUAGAUCCCGAGGCAAGAAAAAUAUUCUAAACGCUGACCUUGAAGGAUUUGCAUUCGCGGGCGAGCGACCUUUGAAUUACAAGAAAAGAACAAACUCGUUGAAGUCUUUCUACGGAAGCAUGAUAUCCGGAGUAUACCGCAAUCUUGACUCAGAGUUCCUCAUUAACCUGAUUCGAGGUCGCGUUUAUCUUCAAAUCAGUAGCCAUGACAACCCGCGAGGUGAACUCCGAGGACAGGUGAAAUUGCAAGCUGGUCAAUGCAAAUUACCGCAGACCACACAUAUUGAACCUGAAGGCACGUGCGUAUCUGAAGGCAAGACUUAUUUCGACGGAGAGGCCUGGUUUCCAGACUAUGAUAAAAAGUGUACCACGUGUUCAUGUAAGGAUAAGAAAGUCAAGUGUUUUCCUGUAGUCUGUUCUCCUAAAAACUGUAGCGAGGCGUUAGUCACAAUACCCGACUUAUGCUGCCCAGUAUGCCCAGUUUUAGAAAGACAAGCUGUCGUGACGUACCCAAGUGGGUCAGAGCCCAAGCUGAAGGGAUGCUAUGUCGAUCAGGGAAGGAAGUUCUAUUUGAGUACGAGUGUUUGGCAUCCAUACAUUGAGCCAUUUGGACACAUGAGAUGCGUUGUGUGCACAUGUUUAGCUAGUAAUAACGAAAUAAGCUGCAGCAGACUUAAGUGUCCAAACUUAACAUGUUCAUUCCCUAUUAAAAAGCAUCCAUCAAACUGUUGCUAUCAAUGUCCUGAUGAAAAUAUAAAAGUACCGCUCAAAAAAGACUGCCAAUUUGGACAUAACACGUAUCCCAAUGGAGCGAGAUGGUCACCAUAUCUUCCAGCAUUUGGCCUCUUAAAGUGCGUUACGUGUCACUGCCAGAACGGCGACACAAACUGUACUUCGGUCAAAUGUCCCAAGAAACACUGCAAGGCUAGUUUAAGUCAGCAAGAAAAAGGCUGUUGUGUACCAUGCUGAUCGUGGUACCCUGUGUGGCAUAGGGGCGAUAGGAGAAUGGGUCAAUUCUUGACUAAGUCAAUAGAAAAUAUUAUAUACCAAUGUCCGGUAGUGAAGGAGUAGCAUUACAUAAAGCAAGAAUUGGAGACAACAAGAGAUGACGCACUUUAUCAUUCCUUUGUAAAUCAACAACCGAGAGAGACUUGUAUCAUUUCGUCCUCGAGACUUGUUUAUUAAUGCAUUUAUAUUGUGCAUCUUCUGUAGUCUGUAUUGUAUUGGUCGAUUGACCACAAAUGAAAAUGGACUGCUUAAUCCCAUGUAAACUUAUAURCUAUUUCAAUUAUUACCGAUUUGAUAUUUUACAAUCUAAUUGAUGUUUAAAGUCAUUUUCGAAUUAAACGACGAAGCAAGUAAAGCUUUAUUCAAAGAUUCAAAUUUGCCAAUAAAUUAAGGAAGAAAUUCGA